AUGCCAAGUUAUACAUGUCAACUUGUAGAAGAGAAAGAAGAGGAAGAGUUGAGUUAUGACGAACAACUAGAAGAAAAGGAGGAAUUUGAUUACGAAGAACAACUUGAAGAAAAGUCACUUUCUUCCUUCUUUUCAAGUAAUGUAUCGUUGAGAAAAAUUUGGACAUUUAAAGUAAUUAUCUGUAUUAAAACGAAUUUUGAUAUCUUGGAUGGGACUAGUGACUCAGUACUAAAUGUCUCUGUAAGCAAUACGUAUAAGAGUGUUUUAUUGGAAUCCAAGCACGUCAUUGAAAUUAUUCCAGAAUUAGAGCGCGAUUACAUUAUCCAAAUCAAGAAUUACGAACGAUUUGAUUCAAAGAUCAAACAAUGUGAGCAUUACAAAUAUUUUAAUCGUUCCAUACGAAUUUCCUAUAUUAAAUUAAAUUAUUUAACAGAAGCUGAUUUGCAUUGUAUAAACGUUUAUUUAGGCAUUUUAACUGAGCUGAAUAAUUCUUUAGACAGUAGAAUAUUGAAAGCUUUGUUCAGAGCGUUUGUGGAAAUAGGACUAAGCAUGGAGCGCCAAAGGACUUUAAGAAGCAGUAGGAAUAUUUCUG